UAGUUAGAUAUUGAUAUGGGUGCUAGAAUUGGCGAAAAAGGAAACAAGGUGUCGACCCCAUCUACUUUAAGGAAUUUCUCUUCUCCGAAUGACAGAGAGAGAGAGAGGGGAAUGCUUCCAUUAAAGCUACUAGUACGUUCAUUGGUUUCCGGAGAUGCCAUUGCCAAUCCUACCCGCUUUGCUACUUUACCCUUUCAUCAGAAUUGUGAUCGAACUGACCAUGAAAACAUAGCCAUAACCAACAUGUCUAGCACUACAGGCAAGAUCCCUUUUAUGCUUUUCGUUCCAACAAAGGAAUUAGUAAAAGAUUCAUUUAGACUUGCCACAUUAGCUAGAGACAUAGGUAUGGAUCUUUUCCCAAACCCAUCUCUUUCUCACAUCAUCUUCUCAUGGCCAGUAGUAUCACACUCUACAACUUCAUCUUCUUCUUCUUCAUCCCUUUUAUUAUCAAACGACGCCGCUCCACUCCCUUUUCCAUCUUUAGCCACUGCUUCUCUCUCCCACUUGCGCCUCUUUGCUAAUCUCUCAAAGGGUUUCUUCAAGUUGGUUUUUUUGAAAUCUAAUCACAACCCAUUUGACGAAAUCAGUUUUUAUUCGAGUAACAAUAAUUGGGAUGUUACGACCCUUUCCUUAAUUUCGAGGAAAACUGGGGUUAGGAUUGAUUCUAUGGAUGGGUUUACAAAGACUUUGCUUGGAGUUGGUUGGACACUAUUUAAGACUAACAAGAGCAGUAAGGAUUCAGUUGUGUAUCUAUAUAGGAAGCUGGAUUUGAACAGAGUUCAUUUUAGAUGGUCAUGUGAAAAGGAAAAUGGGAAUUGUAGAGUUAGAGAAUUGAGGUUGCCCCAAUUGGACUUCAAGAAUGCACCUUUGAGGAUUUUGCACUACAUUCUUCUCAUGACUGAUGACAUCUUCUAUCUUGCAUAGUAGUUUUUCUCAGGUGGACUAAGAGAAUAGUGGAGCUAACAAGAGAUGCAACUGUAACCCCAGUUCUAGCGGCAGGUUCCUGUUUACUGUGAAGCCCCGUAAAUAUGAAACUGUUGAGCAUAGUGCCCCAUAUACGAAUACAUACCAAGAGAGUGCACUACCAUCCACUCUUGUGUAUGUUCCACUCAAGGAGGUUACUAGCUUGUGAUUGGCGAUGUUCUGAGGAAAAGGAAAGGGGAAUACUGUCAAGCUCAACUGCAUCAACCUUAUAUAUAUAUGAAGCUAGCUAGACAUCAUACUUGGAGAAGCCAUCCCAACUCUCUCGGCAAAAGCAGAAUGGGAUGAAUCUGAGACCUAAUAAAGCUUAUGGUUGUCUAAAGCUCUGUAAGAAACGUGAACUAAAUUUCAAAUCUAAUUAUAUAUCUUAGCAAAUGUCAUGUACUAUUAUGAAUUCACUAACAGAGACUAUCACAACUGCAUACACUGAACAUAGUUAACACUUCA